AUUGUGACUGUGACACCACUGGGCUUCACACAAGGAUGGACGCCGACCUGACCUUCUCCUCUCGUCGGUCUCCCGUCGUGUGUUUACACGGCUGUGUGGCGUCCAGUCAGUCGCUAGCUUCGACGGUGGGACUGGAUGUGCUGAAGCUGGGUGGUAAUGCUGCAGAUGCUGCGGUUGCUAUAGCAGCAGCACUGGCAGUGACAGAACCGUUCAGCACUGGCCCGGGUGGAGAUGCGUUCUGCUUGUUCUACAACGGAAAGACUGGGGAGAUCAGUGGAAUUAACGGCAGUGGGCGUUCACCCAAAGCGCAGACCCUGGACCUCAUGGAAGGACGUGGCUACACUGCUGAUGCGCCUCCUUCCCUCUUUGAUGUCUUGAAUGUCACAGUACCAGGGGCUCCUGCAUGUUGGUGUGACACUGUACAUCUGUUUGGUAGUGGCAAGCUGUCUUUGCAGGGGGUGCUGGGUGGUGCGGUGGAGCUAGCAGAGGUGGGGUUUCCUGUUGCUGAGGUAACAGCUCACCACUGGGCGAAGGGGGUGGCUGCUUUGAGAGAUGCUGGGAAGGAACUAGGCGGAGACCUGCUGCUGGACAAUCGUGCACCUAAAUGUGGACAAGUAUUCAGAAACCCUGCCCUCGCUCAAACCCUCAAGGAGCUGGGUGAGCGUGGCAAAGCAGGUUUCUACCAGGGAAGAGUGGCCCAGGCCAUCGUUGAUGUCAUUGGCCGACAUGGCGGAGUCAUGACCUUGGAUGAUCUCAGCGGCCAUGACAGUGAGGUCAUCACACCCAUUAGUACAGAAUAUAAGGGUGUGCAUCUGUGGGAGCCUCCUCCUAACAGCCAGGGACUGGCUGCUCUGCUGCUGCUCAACAUCUUGGAGAACUUUUCUGUCAAAGGUUUAGGUCAUAACAGCUCUGACUACAUCCACGUUUUGGUGGAAGCGGUGCGUUUGGCACUAACGGAUGCGCUGUGUUACCUCGGCGAUCCAAACCAUGUGACCCUCCCUGUGCAAACCUUACUGCAUAAGACGUACAGCCAGCAGCGAGCACGGAGCAUUAGCAUGAACAGGGCUAUGGAGGGAGUGAAGCCUGGCCAGAUGACAGGAAGUGACACGGUCUAUCUGUGUGUGAUUGACAGCCAGGGUAACGCCUGUUCAUUUGUUAACAGCACUUAUAUGGCCUUUGGGACUGGCCUGGUUCCCAAUGGCUGUGGAUUCUCACUGCAGAAUCGCGGGGCCAACUUUUCUCUGCAUCGUAAUCAUCUUAACUGUGUUGCUGGAGGGAAACGUCCAUAUCACACCAUAAUAGCUGCACUUCUCACUGACUCGGCACCAAAACCACAACUUCUUGCUGCACUUGGGGUGAUGGGGGCUUUUAUGCAACCGCAAGGACACAUCCAGGUGUUGUUGAACAUGUUGGAGUUUGGCAUGAAUCCUCAACAAGCUCUGGAUGCACCAAGAGUUCAUGUACAGUACGAUCAUAGAGCUGAUGAGUGGGUGAUAAAUCUGGAGGAGGGGGUCGAUGGGAAGGUGGCCAAGGAGCUGAGGAGACGGGGACACAGAGUGAACUGGCCAGUCACAGGCCACGAGAGAUCUCAGUUUGGGCGGGGACAGAUCAUCACAGUGGGGGAGUGGUGGAACACAUCUGUCAAUCAAGCUGCUCAUUCAACCAGGGUGUUGUGGGGCGGAUCAGACCCCAGAGCUGACGGAUGUGCGCAAGGAUAUUAAUAGGCAAAUCAUUGGACGAAUUGAUUACCAAUUCCUGGAGCACAGACACUAUCAGGUUUCAGUCUUCACUGCUUUACAAUGGUUCAAUAGGUUCAUGCUGCAUUAUGAAGUGCCUGAUUUCAUGUCCUUUGCAUUUCUCUAUUGUAUGUUUACUUACACGUUUAUGUUUGUAAUCUACUGCUAUGACCUAUAGCAGCAGACUAUACAUUUAAUCUAAAUUUAUCUGGAGUUGUACACAAUACUUUAGAAUGAAUAACACUGUUGUCCCUAUAUGGUCCUUGAUUUUAAACAGGAAAUUGAAUGUCAUGUAAUAUUAUGUUAGACACUAAAGAUUAAUUAAUAAUUCUUAGGAUAAUUAUUUAUUUUAGUCUGUUUGUUUCGUUGCUGAUUUGUUGCUAUGAAGAGACAGGUCGUUACUGGAUAUUUAUAAUCUUAAUGAUAGUAAUGUAAUGGUGAUAAAUGUGAAUGAUCUCAA